ACCACCCACUUUGUCUCUCAUUUAUUGCCUGGAGAACGAGAGGAUCCAAGGAGAAGGCACGUUUCGCGGAACCCACCUUAUCACCUGAUUCUGCGCUCUCUCUCUCUCUAUCUAGAGAAGGGGAGGUUGGAGAGUGAAAUAUAGGACAGAACCAGGAUCAGAGCACACCCUUUUGGGUGAAGUGCUGUUCUGGCGGUGAGGACCCAGAAAUGGUGGGUAUUUUCUCCAGAUUUUCCAGCAGCAAAAAUGGUCACCGGCGAGCUCAGAGUGCGCUUGAUGAGAGAGAAGCAUUGCCCCCUAACACAGAGGGCACAGGUCCUUCUCCAGUUACUGGUUCUGGAUUAGCUGCUGCUCAUGGGAUUGCAGUUGCAGUUGAAUUUAAGCCACUUGAACACCCAACUGAACCCCUUGACAACGAUAGACCGAUCCAAUGUCCACUUCCUGAGCCAUCAAUUCUCAAUGAUGGACGAAUCUGGAAGGAGCGCGUAUCUGCAGGCGCCAGGAGGAGAGCCGACUUGCCUGUUAUGCAGGAGGAGACUCCCACCGAGCCCCCCCAGGCCACAGAAACAAGACGGCCGCCAAAAUCCAACCGCAUGAUUCUGCCAUCUAUCAGUGCCCCAGAACACAAUAUCAUUAAACUGCUUGAAGAAUGUAACACAUCUGGGAUCUAAAGCCCACUACGUAACACCAGCUUGUGAGUUGUUGCUUUAUCACAGUCACUGUAUAAAGCCUCCACUCUUCAUGUCCUUUACCUUCGGCUGCUCUUAGAAUUAGUUUUGCUUGAAAAUAUGUAAUACCAAAUAUAUUGUUGUCAAUAUGUCAAUAUGAUAUAUGUAUUGUUUGUCAA